AAUGUCAAAGGAGAACUGCACUGCAAUAUUGGACUUCCUGCUGGUGGCUUUUCCCAACCAACCGGAGCAUCAGAUAUCUCUUUUCCUUGCCAUCUGCUUGGUUUAUAUAACCAUACUUGCAGGCAACCUACUCAUUUUGGUUGCUAUCUGGGUGGACACUCACCUGUACACACCUAUGUAUUUUUUCCUAGGGAGUCUCUCUGUAGUUGAGCUCUGCUAUACAUCAUCUAUAAUCCCACAGAUCCUGGAGACCAGCUUGCAGGAGGUGAAGUCCAUCACUUUCCGAAACUGCUGUGCUCAGAUGUUCCUUUUUAUUGGGUUGGGUAGUUGUGAUUGUUUCCUGUUGGCUAUCAUGGCAUAUGACCGCUGCAUGGCCAUUUGCAAGCCCUUGCGCUACACACUCAUCAUGACACAGCAAUUGUGCAUUCAACUAGUAGCUACCGCUGUGCUGAGUGGUUUCAUGAUCUCUUUAACACUAGUGUGGCUGGUUUUCCACCUCCCUUUCUGUGAUGGACAUGACAUUGAACACUUCUUCUGUGAUGUGCCACCUGUGCUCCAGCUCACCAGUAAGAAGACCAAACUGGAAGAGGUUGGGGUGUUCCUUACUGCAAUGAUGGCUAUUGUUGUGCCCUUUGUAUUGAUUUGUAUCUCUUACCUUUUCAUUGCUGUGGCAAUUUUGCAGAUACGUUCAGUGGACAGUCGCCAAAAAGCUAUCUCAACCUGCUCCUCUCAUUUAACUGUGGUGGCCCUGCAGUAUGGUUGCUGCAGCUUCAUGUACCUGCGGCCAAGCUCCAGUUUCUCUCCAAUGCAAGACCAGAUACUAUCAAUGGUGUACACUCUGGGCACACCACUACUCAACCCCAUCAUCUAUAGCUUGAGGAACAGAGAAGUGAAAUCAGCCCUUAGGAAUCUGAUUCCUUAA